CUGGAGCCCGACGUCAUCAGCUACAACGCUGGGAUCAGCGCGUGCGAGAAAGGCGACGCUGGGAUCCGCGCGUGCGAGAAGGGCGAGCAGUGGCAGCCGGCGGUGGCGCUGCUGAGCGAGAUGCUGGAAGCGAAGCUGGAGCCCGACGUCAUCAGCUACAACGCUGGGAUCAGCGCGUGCAAGAAAGGCGAGCAGUGGCAGCGGGCGCUUGCGGUCGCUGGGAUCAGCGCGUGCGAGAAAGGCGAGCAGUGGCAGCGGGCGCUUGCGCUGCUGAGCGAGAUGUGGGAGGCGAAGCUGGAGCCCGACAAGGGCGAGCAGUGGCAGCGGGCUCUGGCGUUGCUGAGCGAGAUGGGGGGGGCGAAGCUGGAGCCCAACCUCAUCAGCUACAGCGCUGGGAUCAGCGCGUGCGAGAAAGGCGAGCAGUGGCAGCGGGCGCUUGCGCUGCUGAUCGAGAUGCGGGAGGCGAAGCUGGAGCCCAACGUCAUCAGCUACAGCGCUGGGAUCAGCGCGUGCGAGAAAGGCGAGCAGUGGCAGCGGGCGCUUACGCUCCUGAGAAAGAUGUGGGAGGCGAAGCUGGAGCCCAACUCAGCUACAGCGCUGGGAUCAGGGGCUGCGAGACAAGUGGGCAGUGGCAGCGUUCUCUGUGUUUAUUCAAAUUUUUGCGAGAUGUGCGAGCUGAGUUUGGAACCCGACAUUUUCUGUUACAACGGUGUGGUCAGCGCCCUCGGGAGAGGCGGGCAGUGGUUGCAGGCUACGUCGUCGUUCAGGGAUAUGCUGGAGGUGAGUCUGGAAUGCGACGUGCUCAGCUACGACGCUGUGAUCAGUGCGUGCGGGAAAGGCGAGCAGUGGGAGGAUGCCUUGUCGCUGCUGUGCGAAAUGGGGGAGGCGAAGCUGGAGCCCGAAACCACUAGUUAUAGCGCUGUUAUCAACGCUUGCGAGAACGGUGGGCUGUGGCAGCAUGCUCUGUCGCUGUUCAGGAACAUGUGUGAGGCGAAAUUGAAUCCCGACAUGUUCAGCUACCACGCUGUGAUCUGUGCUUUCGGUAAAGGCGGGCAUUGGCAGCAAGCGUUGUCGUUGUUCAACGAGAUGUGCGAGGCAAAGUUGGAGCACGACGUCAUCUGCCUACAACGUUGGGAUCAGCGCGUGCGGAAGAUCCAGGCAGUGGCAGCAUGCUAUUUGGUUGCUCAGCGCGAUGUGGGGAGCGAAGCUUGA